AUUAUCGAGCCCUGUUUCAUUUCAUUUAUAAAAAAUUGUUCGUGCUGAAGAGGUGUGUUCUCGAAAGUGUGUCGUUUCUAGCCGAAGGUGUAAUAUAUAAAAUAAAAUAUUUAUAUAUUUAAAUAAAUUAUAUCAAGUUUGAAGUUAAAUUAAGUUAUAAAUACUAGUAAUUAAAUAUGCCACGCUAUCGUGAAUGGGAUUUGGCUUGCAAAGUAUAUGUGGGAAACUUGGGCUCAUCUGCAUCAAAAUAUGAAAUAGAAAAUGCAUUUAGCAAAUAUGGCCCACUACGUAAUGUUUGGGUGGCACGUAACCCACCCGGAUUUGCGUUUGUUGAAUUUGAAGACAGACGAGAUGCUGAAGAUGCAACCCGUGCUUUGGAUGGAACACGCUGCUGUGGAACCCGCAUUCGUGUCGAAAUGUCCUCCGGACGUUCACGACGUGAUAGUAGACGUCGUGGCGGAAACAGUGGAGGAGGCGGAGGCCGUGGAGGUGCUAGCGAAUCUGCCAGUGCCCGCGGAGCAGGUGGUGGCAGUGCUCGUUAUAGGAAUAUAAAGUCGUCUUCUGCUUCAGCUACUACUACUACUACUACCUCCACUAUUUGUUGUACCUCAAGUACAUCUGUUACUACUACCAACUACUCCUCUUCCAAUUUCUACUACAAAAAAUCAACCAACAACUUCAACAACAACAACAACGACGACUACAGCGAUCUCAGCAAGACAACAAGAAACGACAUUAUAAUCAACACAACAACAUCAAUAACAACAACAGAACUUCCAACACAGUCAACAACAACAUUACACUUCAUCAUUACAAAUCGUUUGAUAGCCAACACAUUCACAAACCCCAACAAAGUUCGGACUUAUAGUUUGACAUUUAAAGUACACAAAUUUUUAUUUGGACUAAUUCAGGAACUUGACACGACCCACAGAAUACAUGGAAAAAAUACAGUACGACCAACUAUUACAAGAACAACCAAAUCGCUGAGUUGUUUAUUGACAGUAGCUGUUGUUGUCGUCGUCGUCCUUUGUAAACAAAUUCAUCAAAAUCUCAACCAUCACCACCAAUCAAAUCACAACCACAACCACCUCAACCACCACAAUCAACAACAGCAACACCACCACUACCAUAAACAUCUCUGCAGUUGUUGUAGUAGUCAUCUUCCACAACGAUUUUGUUGUAUACUGGCGUCCUCAACAGCGUCAAUGCCUUCAACGUUGAUGAGAAAAUUCCGAUCUUCCACUACUACUACUACUACUCCUUCUACAUCAUCAACAGCAACAACGACGACAAGAAAUUGCAACAAUGUUUCUACUACUUCUGCUACAGAGGCGUCGUCGUCAUUAUUAGCACCAUCAACACCACAGCUACUACUACUACUACUUCUACUAAAACAUCACAACAGUCACCAAGAAAACGACAGUUAUUGUAUUGCCCAAUUCAGCCAACGAUCUCCUCCUCAGUGCUUAUCCCAGCCAACAUCAACUUUAUAUUCGUCCCCUUCUUUGACAGUAGAAAAUGAUAUAUUAACAACACUACCUCCAAACUUACCACUAUCACCACCACCACCAACUUAACCACCACCACCACCACGACCACUUUAUUGAAUCAGCUUGAUGAACUAGUUCUCCUGCAGCUUGUUCGAUUUGAAUAUCUUCAAAAAACCUACUGCAACGCAACGCAGUGCAUUUGGUUAUUGUUGUAAAAAUACUGGUAAUCAUCAGUUUAUGUAGCUGCAUUAUUUGUUUUUGGCUAAAUUCUAUUUUCUUGUCUCUUUGAGCAAUAUUUUACCAACAGGUUUGAAUAGAGGUAGCAGCAACGUUAAAUUCUUCAAAUCAGCAAUCACAACAACUAACCACCACCCACCCACAAUCAUCAUCUCAAAAAUGUCGCUAUUGCUGAUAACAAUUACGAAUUAUGGCAUCAUUUAAAUUUCUUGACAAAUCGAAAAGAAUGUCCGUCCCUAUCACUUUCUGAAUUAGACAAAUGCGCAUUUCGAAACCUCCAGGGGGCGGGUAGGCUCCGAGAAACCGCGAUAAAACUAUGAAAUAAAAAUUAAUAGUCAAGCGUUUUCCAAAUUCUUAACAGAUAAAUGAAUCUGUCUUUAAGAAGGGUUUCAAAUUGGGUCAUUGAUUCUGUAACAAACGGGAAUAAUUGUAGAGAAAUUGCGAAUUUUUACAUACGAUAUGUACUUAUAAAUGGUCGGUUUUUUUCGCGGCAUAAAUGAAUACUAAGAAGAACUUUUAAGAAAUUAUAUUAAUUGAGUAGGAAAUUCUUUGUUUGUAACGUCAUUAAAACAAAUUAAAUUUGGGACGAUAAAUAUGCGGAACAUCUUUAAAACAAGUCACAGACAGUUUGGUUGGCCAUCAAUAACAACAAAACAUCAUUGACGUUUCAUCGAAAUUCACCUACAACUGAAAUAUGGGUAUAGUAUGAUGUUAUUUAUACUUAUGAUAUUUCUCUAAUAUUGUUAACAAACCAAUGUCGUCUUGAAAGCGGUAAAAUACCUACUCUUUUUUAGAAGCAAAAUAGUAGUAGUGACGAUUUUUCAAUUGUUCUAAUACUUGUUUAAUCUACUCUCAAUUUUUUUUUUUAUUUUUUUUAAUGAGUUCAACCUAUAUGCAACUUUCGUUAAGACAACAGACAACAUCAACAACAAAACAACAUCUUCAGUGGUAAUACUGCUACAUUGUUGUAAAUCUGUCGGGAAAAAGUUGGUCGAUCGGUCAAUCAACAGUUUGGGGUCAGUCGUCGCGUGGUACGCAUAAUGGGCGGCGGUGAUUAACUCAAUGCAACUAAACCAUGUUUUAUGUGAAUUGGAAAAGACCAGUGACCGUGGCCACCAUCAACAGACAGCCUCCCUCAUCUCCUUGUCGCCUAUCAACAAUGCUGCCUUCAUCAAGAUUAUUUCAAAAUUUCAAAAAUAUGAAUUUUUGAAGUUUGUCCUUGUUUUUAUUUUAGAAAGCAACAGCCUUUGUUCUUUGUAUUGUAAUCAGCAACUACUAAAGCAGCAUCUUCAAAGGCCAUCAUUUUGUUAUGUAGAAAUUUGCACCACUAAACAUCUGCUACUAUUCCAUCCACCAAACCAACUCUGUUCAGCAAAAAUUUAAUGAAUUUUCCUCGUGAUGAUACAUCGUCGUACCUCAGAAGCGUGCCAUCAUUGAAUUAGUCUCCAUAACUCUUAGAGUACCUACCGAUACCAACAACAAUCAUCAUUUAAUCAAUCAGAUCAACCAACCAACACCACCUAUCAGUCAACAAUCGUUUCUCAAUCAGCAACAAGUCCAAAACUCUUGCAAUAAUCGGCAUCAUUUUUAGACCAAAAAAAAAUUAAAAAGACAACUUCUCACUGCCACAACUUUUCCAAAUUUCAACAACCAACCAUUCUUACAAGUAAACAACCAACCAACCAACAAAUCAACCUCCUCAGCCAUACAAAAAUCGUAAUCAGCAACAAAAAUAAUCCGCCCAACAAUAAGUGCAACAUAUUGUGAUCUCGUUCGCCCAGAAGGACACGCAGCCGUUCCCGCAGUUUUUCACGUGACAGACGCAGCAGAUCGGAUUCUCGUGACCGCCAUUAAAGUUUAGCAAUUGUAUAUUGUGUUUUUUGAACAGAGAAAUCACACAUUUUGUUUUAUGUAAAAAACAAAACAACAAUUUUAAGGAAAAUCAAUCCCUCAUCCCCAUUAUCUAUCUCUCCCACCAAAAAACUGAGCAAAACAAUUUGUUUGGCGCUUCCUCCCAAUAUAUUCUUUAUGUUUAUGAACAUAUCCAUACAUAUAUUGAAAUGCUUAUUUUCACCUUGGAAAAUAACCUUUUAAUUGUAUAAGAGAAGGUGUCAAUAUGAUUUUGUACUUGAAUUAUGUACAAGUGCACACGGAUACUUUUUAUUUUUUUAUCAUCCCAAGACUAUCUGUUUCCAACCCCCCUUAUUAUUUUUCAAUUUGGAAUAAUUGUGUCUAUUCCUAAGGCGGCUAUAGUGCAUCUUGCUGCGUAGAUGUAUUGAAGAUAACUCAACCAAACAUCAUUGCGUAUCUGUUAUUCCAACCUUACGACCAACUACAACUACAUAUAUCACAAAAUGUAUAUCUGAGGUAUUUUUUUUUUUGAAUUUCAUUUCUAUAUUUUUUUUGCAAAUAAUAUUUAGUAUAUGCAAAGAUAAACAGGCAGUUGAAAAUAUAUUUUUUUCUUAAUCUUAGCGUAUAAAUAUGAUUUAUUAAUUACAAUUUUAAGAAACAAAUAAAUAAAAGUUAAAAUUAAAAAUAGUAA